AUGACUUCUCCCUCCUACCCCAAAACAGCCGUAAACAAACUUGGUCGUCUACCAAACAGAGGCACAUACGACUACGAAACCAUCCACAACCUCAUAAACCGCACGCCCAUCCUCCACGUCUCCUUCACCGACCCAGCCCACCCCUUCCCCGUCAUCCUCCCCAUGCUCGGCUGCACAGGAAACUUCUCAAACACCCCCAACGACCCCGCCAGCCAAAAUAUCUACCUUCACGGCUACAUUUCCAGCCGCCUCUUCAAAUCCUCUGCCUCGCCCUCACAGCAGCAGCAAGCAGAAAGCUCGGAAGAAGAAGAAAAUCCGGGCCUCCCUAUCACCAUUGCAGCAUCAAAUCUCGACGGCCUAGUCCUCAGUCUGACCCCGUUCCACAAUUCGUGUAAUUAUCGGUCGGCGGUCGUGUAUGGGUAUGCGAGUCUGGUGGAAGAUGAGCAGGAAGCUUUGUGGGCUAUGCGCGAGAUUACGGAGAAUAUGCUACCCGGGAGGUGGGAGGGGAGUCGGGUGCCGCCGACCAAGACCGAGGUGAAGAGUACGGGGGUGAUUAGGGUGAGGGUUGUUUCUGCUUCGGCGAAGAUUAGAACAGGCGGACCGAGUGAAGAUCGUGCGGAUUUGAAGAAUGCGGAGUUGGUGAAGAAGACGUGGACGGGGGUUGUGCCGUAUUGGGGGUCGUGGGGGGAGCCGGUGCCUGGUAAGGAGAAUGGAUGUGAGGAGGUGGAAGAGUAUAUUGAGAGGUGGAGGGUGGUUGAGAAUAAUAGGGGGAGGCAGGAGGCGUUUGAUGCGACGGCGGAGAAGUAA